UGUCCUGUAUGUGAGUUUUCUCUCCACCAGCAUCACAAAGUGGUUCCUAUAGAACAAGCAGUCAGUGGCCUGAAGGAGCAGCUGAAAUCUGACUUAAAGUCGCUGCAGGACAAGAGGAACACAUACAAGCAAGUGGAGGAAACAUACAAUGAUGUGAUUCAACACACCAAGAAGCAGCUCUUGUCCACAGAGAAGCAGAUCAGAGCAGAGUUCAACAAGCUGCAGCAGUUCCUGAAAGAGGAAGAGGAGUCCAGACUGGCAGCUCUGAGGGAGGAAGAGGAGCAGAAGAGGAAGACUAUCAGCAGAGAGAUGGAGAAGAUUAAGGAUCACAUCUCCUCUCUGUCAGACAGUAUCUGUGCUGUUGAAGAAGACCUGCAGAAAGACAGCGUGCCAUUCCUCAGCAGCUAUACAGCCACUCAGAGCAGAAGCAGAACCCAGUGCUCUCUGUCAGAUCCACAGCUGGUCUCAGGAGCCCUGAUAGAUGUGGCCAAACACCUGGGCAACCUGUCCUUCAGAGUCUGGGAGAAGAUGAAGGAGAAGGUCCACUUCAAUCCUGUCAUUCUGGACCCAAACACUGCAAACCCGUGGCUCUAUCUGUCUGAUGAUCUGACCAGUGUGAAGGAUGGAGACACAAAGCAGCAGCUUCCUGAUAAUCUAGAAAGAAACACAAAGUACUGUGUUGUUUUUGGCUCUGAGGGCUUCAGCUCAGGGAAACACAGCUGGGAGGUGGAGGUGGGAGAUCAUCCUGACUGGGACAUUGGUUUGGUUAAAGAGUCUGUUGACAUGAAGGGAGAGUUAGAAGCAUUACCAGAAAAUGCAUUCUGGUGUUUGUGGCACCGUGAUGGAAAAUACGCUGAUGUUGAUGGUGAGCAUGUCAUGAUGAAGAAGAGUCUCCAGAGGAUCAGAGUCCAGCUGGACUAUGACAAGGGGGAGGUGUCCUUCUACAACCCUGAAGACAUGACUCACAUCUGCACUCACAGAGACACUUUCACUGAGAAACUCUUCCCUUAUUUCUAUGUUGGAGAAGCUGCUGAUGCCAAAACUUCUGUUAUCUACAUCUGUAAAAUUUAAAAUCUGUUGAGUUCUUAGUGAUUUUUUUACAGUCUGUUUCAAGUAGAAUUAGUUUAUAAAGUCAACGUGAACAAAGACGUCGACACUGCCUGGUGAGCAUAACAUAAAAGUCAGCACCUGUUUUUAUCCAAACAAAUCAUUAAGAUCCUCCUGAUGACAAAUUACUGGUGAUUAAUUUGUUUCAGCUGACAGGUUUCUCAUUCCUUAAACGUCCAUGUUAGACUUCAUCCUGUUGUGAAAACGAUGUUACUCCGUUUCAGAGCUGUUUUUCUUCUUUAAUAUAUUCAGUUUGUCUCUUAAGCACAACAAAGCUAAAUUACUCAUAUAGUUAAAAUGAAAAUAAAUUUAAAGAUGUUUGAGAAAUAAAACUACUUAAUGUGAACUAAAUUAUCUACAGAAAAGUCUAAUUUGAUCAUCUUCACUUUGAAAUGGAUGAUUUAUGUAAAUAGAUAUUUCUUCACUGAAAUCUUGACUUGUUUUUAUUAAUAAACAUGAUAAAACUGAUGGUUCUGUUUGAUGUGUGGGAA